UCCCCGGGACCCCGCGGGCGCUCUCCGCUCCGCAGCGCCGCGCCGGAAGCGGCCGGGCCGGCCCCCUCCCCGCAGCGCCCGCCGCCUUAUCUCGGCGCCUCGGGCCCAGGAGGAGACGCGGGCGCCAGGAGGGACGCGGCGGCGGCAUGGGCCGGGGGCCCCGGGGCGCGGGCCACCUGCCGCGCCGCCUGCUGUCGCUGCUGCUGCUGCUCGGCCUGGCCCGCGGCGCGACCGGAGCGCGGGGCGCCGACGGUUUAGACAUCUGUGCCACGUGCCACGAACAUGCCACCUGCAAGGAAAGAGAAGGGAAGAAGAUGUGUAUUUGCAAAUAUGGAUUUGUGGGCAAUGGGCGGACUCAGUGUAUUGAUAAAAACGAGUGCCAAUUUGGGGCCACUGUGGUCUGCGGGAACCACACAUCUUGCCACAACACGCUCGGAGGCUUUUAUUGCAUCUGCCUAGAAGGAUAUCGAGCCACAAACAACAACAAGACAUUCAUUCCCAACGACGGCACCUUUUGCACAGACAUAGAUGAGUGUGAGGUUUCCGGCCUGUGUGGGCAAGGAGGACGGUGUGUGAACACUCAUGGGAGCUUUGAAUGCUACUGUAUGGAUGGAUACUUGCCAGAGAGUGGCCCCGAGCCUUUCCACCCGACCAGAGAUGCCACGUCAUGCACAGAAAUAGACUGUGGCACUCCUCCUGAGGUCCCAGAUGCCUAUAUUAUAGGAAAUUAUUCCUCUGGCCCUGGCAGCCAGGUUCGUUAUGCUUGCAAAGAAGGGUUUUUCAGUGGCCCGGAAGAUAUAGUUUCAAGCUGCACAGUCUUGGGCACAUGGGAGUCCCCCAAAUUAAAUUGCCAAGAGAUCAGCUGCGGCCGCCCUCCGGAAGUGCAGCAUGCGUCCCUGGUGGGGAAUCACAGCUCCAGCCUGGGCAGUGUGGCUCACUACGCCUGUCAAGAGGGCUUCGAGAGCCGUGGGGGCAAGAUCACUUCCGUGUGCACAGAGAAAGGCACCUGGAGAGAAAGUACUUUGACAUGCACAGAGAUAAUUAUAGAAAUUAACGAUGUGUCAGUGUUCAAUGACACCUGUGUGAGGUGGCAGAUACACCCAGGAAGAAUGAACUCCAGGAUCGUAUAUGUGGUACAUGUGAAAGGACACCGGGCAGACCCGAUAGAAUCAGUUCAUGAGGAGAGAGUCAACCUGACCACAGGCAGCAGGACCCCACAAGUGUGCCUAGACCUGUACCAAGGCACCAACUACACCGUGACCAUCUCCACUGCCCCUCCCGAACGCUCCAUGCCAGCCAUCAUCAGGUUCCAGACAGCAGAAGAUGAUCUCUUAGAAGAUGAUGGAAUUUUCAAUGUCUCACUAUUUAAUGAAACUUGUUUGAAAUUGAACAGGCAUUCUAGGAAAGUUGGAUCAGAACAAAUGUACCAAUUUAAAAUUCUGGGCCGAAGGUGGUAUCUGAGUGGUUUUUAUCACGCAGCAUCGUUUAACUUCACAACGGGGGAACGAGCAGCGGUCGUGUGUUUGGACCUGUACCCGGCAACUGAUUACACAGCGACUAUCACCCUGCUGGGGUCGCCGGAGCAGCACUCAGUGCAAGUAAUGGUAACAACCGCACCUGCAGUUAAACAGACCAUCAGCAACACUUCAAUAUUUAAUGAAACCUGCUUGAGAUGGAGAAACAUGAAGAUAGCUGAUAGAGAGGAAAUGUAUUUACUCCGCAUUCAGGGCCAGAGAUGGUAUCAGGAGGAGUUUGCCCAGGAAAUCACCUUUAAUAUCACCAGCAGCAGCCAGGCUCCUGAGAUGUGCUUAGACCUGCGCCCGGGUACCAACUACAGUGUCAGCAUUUACGCUUGGUCUUCUGUCCUUCCCGUGCUCAUCUCCCUGACAACCCAGAUAACAGAGCCUCCCCUUCCGGAAGUAGAUUUUUUCACAGUGCACGGAGGGCCUCUCCCACGCCUGAAACUGAGGAGAGCCAAGGAGAACAAUGGGCCUAUCAGUUCCUAUCAGGUGUUAGUGGUUCCCCUGGCCCUCCAAAGCACAUUUUCUUGUGAUUCUGAAGGGGCGACCUCAUUCUUUAGCAAUGCUUCUCAUACCGAUGGCUAUGUGGCUGCAGAACUACUGGCCAGACAUGUUCCAGAUGAUGCCAUGGAGAUCUCCAUUGGAGACAGGCUGUAUUACGGGAAAUAUUAUAAUGCACCCUUGAAAGCAGGGAAUGAUUAUUGCAUUAUAUUACGAAUCACAAGCGAGUGGAAUAAGGUGAGAAGAUGCUCCUGUGCAGUGUGGGCUCAGGUGAAAGAUUCAUCCCUCACGCUGCAGCAGAUGGUAGGCGUUGGGCUGGGCUCCGUGGCUGUCGUGAUGGUGCUCGCGUUCCUAUCCUUCUUAGCAGUGUGAUGGGUGCUACGUGGGGCGGAUGCACUGCUGCUGCGGCAGAUGUUAUGACAGCUUCUCAGGUGUCUGCAUAGAGCACCUUCCAUCCAGGUGCAUGGCUUCCAUCCAGGUGUGUGGGGGCCUGUGACGUUCUCCAUUCCCAGCUUGGCCCCAUUCCUGGAUUCAAGAUGGUAACUAUGGAACCCCCCAAAAGGAGGAAACUCAGGAAUUGCUGACGUCUCCCCUGCUACAUACACAACCAGUUUGGUGUCUAUGAACUUGAGACCCUUGAUAUAUGAUGGAAUAUUGACCACGGGCUACAGAUCACAUGGGCUGGGCCUGCAUCUUCCUCUGAGUGAGGCCCGAGAGACAGCUCCUCCAGACAUUGAAUGCCAGAGGAUCUCUGUGUCUUCUUUUAUAGCAUCUUUGUUAAUUAAUUUGGAAUCCAUUCUUUUACAAUAAGCAAUGAGAUGGACUUAAGUUUUUUUGUUCGUGUGUGUGUGUGUUUUAAAUAUAUUUUCAUUGAUUUCAGAGAAAGGAAGGGAGGGGGGAGAGAAAUAAAACAUCACUGAUGAGAGAAAAUCAUUGACUGGCUGCCUCCUGCAUGCCCCACAAUGAGGAUCGAGCCUGAAACCCAAGCAUGUGCCCUGAUUGGGAAUUGAACCGUGACUUGGUGGGUCAUAGGUCAGUGCUCAGCCACUGAGCAACACCGACUGGGUGAGAUGGAUUUAAGUUUGGAUUAGAAUUUGACUGAGAAAGGUCAUGAAAAGGAUAGAGAUCACUGACCCAGGCCAGCUUGUCAAACACUGUAGAGCAGCCCUUUUCCUAUAAUUAAUUGACAUCUAAUUAGAAAGGGUAUGUUCCCUGCCAUGUCUGUUUGAUACAGUCCCAUUAGUCUUACGUGUUCAAAAUCCAUAAGUGUUGGUUUGAGGAAAAAUAUUCUGUGAAUUUAGACCAUUCUCUUGAAUAUGAAUAUUUAUAGCAGCCUUGGUUAAUUAUUUUUAUUAAUGAGGGUCUCAUAAAAGUGCUCUGUGCCCCCCUUUAGAUUCACAUAGUAACACUGGGUUGGAACAAUAUCAAGCCCAUGGCCAGAAUCCAUGUUUCCAGGGGAGGGGGAACAAUGUGGGUACCGUGAUCAUCCCGUUUACCCACAGCAACGACGGCUGCCUCUCUAUCGUGAACCACGACGCAUUAGGUGGAGGCUGUCCUGGGCCUACUGUGACGAUGCUGCGUUGACAGGUGGAGUGCAGAUUUGACUUCCAAAGUGAAUGUGUAUUUAACUUUCCUCCCUGACUGACAUGUAACUCCAAGGCUCAGUAAGAAGCCAACGGAGAAGAAAAGCAGAGGCUCGUGACUUCCCUAAGUAACAGUGGUUUCUCCUCCUCCCUCCCUUCCCAGGCCCGGAGAAUAAGAAGCGUGGGGGAGACAAAGGGAGGACAGUUACAUUGCACAACCUCCGGGUGCGGCGUGUAAGAACAUGAUCCUAGAAUUGGAAAACAUUGCAGCCCUGAGGAAAAGGGACAGCCUUGCCCACAGGGUGGGCUGGCGGGUUCUCCACCGGCUUCCUGGGCUUAUUGGCGAGGGACAGAUUUGAGUAGCCUGGGCUUGUAGGCAGAUGAGCAGACAAUAGGAACAGGUGCAAAAUGCCCGUGCGGUUGCUCCGCCCUGAGGGCUCCAGCCCCAGGUGCAUCCAUGUCCUUGGGAGGAGUCAGAGAGAUGGAGGUAAUAUCCCGACACUUGGGCGUUCAGUGCCAGCUGUCAGCCCUGGCCCCUGCCAGUACGGGGCAGUAUUAGAAAUAAUUGUCCUUCAUCCUCUGAAGUACUACCUCAGACUACAACUUAGGAUCCACAUUUAGAACUAUUCCUGCUCUCGUCUCAGGUGAAUUAUAGAGUAGAGCUCUCAAUAGAUUGAUGCAGACAGCUUUCUACUUUUCAUUUUAUGUGCAACAAUUCAAACUCAUACUGUUUUCACAGCUUGAAUGAAAAUUGGAAUCAUUACACAUUAUUGUGAUUAUAUAGGGUAGGAUCGCUGAUGAAUAAGGAUUUUCCUCUGCCCCAAGCGAGAAUCUAAGCCUUUCCUCUCCCCCGCUCCUCCUCUUCCUUUUUAAAAAUAAUUUUUUUAAUUUUAGAGAUGAAGGGGGAGGGGCUGCCCAGAUACAGAGGGAGGGAGGGAGGGAGAGAGAGAGAGAGGGAAAUUAUGAGCAUGCCUCCUUCACGCCCCACACUGGGGAUCGAGCCCAAAACCUAGGCAUGUGCCCUGACUGGGAAUCGAACCGUGACCUCCUGGCUCAUAGGUCGACACUCAACCACUGAGCCAUGCCAGCCAGGCUCUUCCUUUUUUUUUUUUAAUACUGGCUAUGUAAACAACAAAUGUUUUCAUAGCCCCCCUAAUUUCCAGCUCUAGAAUUAACUUCUGAACAAGCUACGGUGGUCCGCAUGGAAACUUAGCAUAAUUGUCAUUGGGAAAUCCCACUUGCUUAGCAUAAAAAAUCCUAGUUAAAAUAACUAUUAAGUAAAAUGCACUUUUGGGUACCGUGCAGAAAUAUGAAAACUGUUCAGGCAAGACUACUAAGAUAGCAAAAGCAUGGACUUUGCUGCUUCCUCUAGAUGUUCCAGAUUGUAACAGAGUCCCUCAGUGUUAAUCCUUAACAGAAGCAGGUGCUGAGCAUUUGCGGAAAGGAUGUGCCAUCUUUCUGCAGUUCGCUCCUAACAGCUUUCUCAUCAACGUGAAAGCAGCUUUCAGCUUUCUAAAGUCGCCUGGUAGCUUUACCGCUAUAUUGCUCUUUUCCCCCACAAAAUGGAUUCCAGGUUAAGGGGGGAGGGCAUCUCAGGAGACUGACAGUUCGUCUUCCUGGGAGAAUGUGGGUCCUUCUAUCGAAGGACAGGUCAGGUGGCACCCGGAAUUGGGUAAUGAGUGCCAGACAUAAAGCUGGGUCCCACGGUGGGGAUGGAGGAAGGAAGGACCUUCCCUGUUGGCUGUCUUGGGACAGUGUGGAGGGGUGGGCACUGAGAUCUAGUCUUGAGCUCCCUUCUAGACUAGGAACCCAAAGUGGGGCACUGCCCAGAUACAGAGCUCAUUGUUUCCUGGCUGAUUGUGUGUGUGUGUGUGUGUGUGUGUGUGUGUGUGUGUGUGUGCGGCUCAUAGCUUUUAUUUAUCUCCACCUUAGUUUCUGUUUGUACGUGGUUUUUCACUUCAUUCUCACAACAGUUCUGUGUGGUGGGAAUGUUAGGGGUUAUUGUUUACCAUAAUUUAGAAUGGAAAAUGGAUUCAGACAGAUAUGUGACUUGAAUUGUGGGCCAAGUCUUCUGACUGCAAGCCUAGUUCUCAUUGCUGGGAUUUCAUAGACCUUGAGCUAACCUUUGGACAGCCCUUUUGGUUCUUGGGAGAGUCAGGUCUUUAUAUAUCCAAACUAUCCCCUCCCUUCCUUCCUUCCUUCCUUCCUUCCUUCCUUCCUUCCUUCCUUCCUUCCUUUCUUUUCUCUUCUUCCUGCUUUUUCCUCCUCCUUCUGCUUCUUCCUCUUCCCCUUCCCUCCUCCUCCUCCUCCUCAUCCUCAUCCUCAUCCUCAUCCUCCUCCACCUCCUUCUUUUCCUCCUUUUUCUCCUUCUUCCCAUAAUGAGGUCAAACUAUGCAUGUAGUUUUGUAAUAUGCUUCUUUCAUUCAUCAACACAUCCUCCAUGUUAAUAAUGCUUGCAUUAAAAAGUUUGAAUCAUAAUUUAUCUCAUCAGUACUCUAUUGGGCACUUAGAAUGUUUCCAGAUGUUUAUUAUCCUUAUACAAGUCUGCAUAAUUGUAUGCAAUUAUUACUUAGGCUAACUUCUUAGAAGUGAAAUUGUUGUAAUGAAAACCACUAUUUACAUUUUAUAUUUACUACAUAUUGUCAGAGGAAUCUCACAGGAAGUUUAUACUCUCACCUGCAGAAAGCUGCAACACCACUAGGCAUUACUGAUAUCUCUAAUCUUCGUUAAUCUGGUAGGUGAAAAUGCUGUCUCAGUGUUUUAUUUGUAUAUUCUUGACUAUUUUUCAUGUGGAUUGGUCAUUUGUAAUUCUGUCUUGGUGACUUUUCUUUUUUCUCAGUACUUGGCAUGUUUGUCUUUUAUUGGUUUGAAAAAGCCCUGUGUAUCAUAGUAAUUUUCACUCUUAGCUGUCAUAUACAGGGGCUCCCAAAAAAUGUAUAUACACUUCAACAACUGAUAGCUCAAUUGAUGUUUCUUUCUUUCAGAUUUAGCUCAUUGGAAUUAAUAAUUAUUCAAAGUGUAUAUUUAUAUAUUUUGGGACACCCUGUGUUUUGUAAACAAACUUUCAUAGUUUAUCAUUUCCCUUGACCUUGUUUGUGUUAUAAAUUGCCACAUAAAAACUUUAAAUUUGUAUAGUCAAAUUUAUCAGUCUCUUUCCUAUGUAUUUUGCCUUUGGUGCCAUGCUCAGAACUUCCAUUCUCAAGGUGAGAAAUAUAAUGCAGCAGUUGAAAAUAAAAUACUUAACAUCUGAAAUUUA